UCGCCCGUCUCGGGGAGCCACAGAUCUCGCUCUACCAGCUCUCCUGACAACUCUCACACUCCAGGCACCGCAGCACCGAUCCUCCGAGCUCAGCCCCAUGGCCCGCACCGCCACCACCGCUGCUGCACCCCGCGCUCCCCGGUUCCUCCGGGCCGCGCUCCUGCUCCUGCUCCUGGUCGCCGCCUGCCGGCAAGCUGCAGCGGCGCCUAUGGUCCCCGCAGAGGAGCCCGUGGUCACUGAACUGCGCUGCCAGUGCAUGCAGACCAUGAAGGGAAUUCACCCCAGGAACAUCCAGAGUGUGAAGGUGACGUCCCCAGCAUCUCACUGCGACCGAACAGAAGUCAUAGCCACUCUCAAGAAUGGACAGAAAGUUUGUCUCAACCCCGCAUCUCCCCUGGUUAAGAAAUUCGUGAACAAGCUGUUAAACAAGAGCAGCACCAACUGAUCUAGGGAGAAGGAGGAAACUUCCAGGUUUAUUGUUGCAUCCUGAGUGGAAUCGGAGUGAAAGAAGAGAAACAAAGAGCUCCUGGGGCUACCUGUGUUUAAAUUGUUUGACUGUUUUUUAUGAGAGUUCUUCUAUUUAUUUACAUACGAAUGUAUUUAUUUUUCAAAGUUUUAUCUAAUAUUUAAAGACAGGAAAGUGUUUGGUAAUUUGCUGUACCGUUAUUUUAAAUGGUCAUUUUUAUGUCAAAUCAAAAAGCUAGUUCAGCCUGUUAUUUAAUUGACGAUGAUGCAUUUUAAAUGUUCUUCACUCAGCUAAUAUUUUUAGUCGGCUGGGUGGGUGGGUGGGAGACCACACGUUUCCACCCACUAUGAUGAAGGCUGAAGAUAAAUAGUGGGGGUUUCAAGCAAAUAGGUCACAGUGAAGGCAGGGAAAUGUUCUGUGUACAUCUGUUUUUGUACUGUUGAGAAGAAUGUCAGUUGUUAUUUAUUGAAACCGUUUCACAGUAUGUGGUCAACAUUUCUGAUAUUGAAGGAACUAAUGUUCUAAAUAUCCCUUGGACAUUUUAUGUCUGCCUAGUAAGGCAUAAUGCCUUGUUCAGUGCCAAUUAUGUAUUGUUUCUCUAUAUCUUGGAAUAGAGAAGUUAAAUAUUUAUAGAUGUAUUUUUACAAAUAAGAUGAAAAUAAAGCUUUUUACAGAAACUU